AUGUGGACAUCGUUACUCGUGAUAUCGGGCAUACUAUGCGCGUGGACCGCCAAUGCCACCCCGGCCGGUAAACAGCCCGUCUUCCCAUCAACCACCAAAUACCCGCCACCCAACCAGGGCAAUGUCCGCGCGCACGAUCCCAACAUCGUUGAAUACAACAACGCAUUCUAUAUGUACAAGGGCGGCGUACACCUACCCAUCCACAAGGCCCCUGCGCUAGAUGGGCCGUGGGAAAUGGUCGGCACCAUCUUGGACGGCCCCAGCAUAGUGGAAAAGGGGAAUAGCAACCGGCCCUGGGCUCCGACAACGAUCGAGCGCAAUGGUCGCUUUUACUGUUUCUACACGGUCAGCUCUCGCAGCGAUCGCGACAGUGCUAUCGGAGUCGCCUCGUCCGAUAAUCCUGAGGGUGGUGGCUGGAAGGACCACGGCGCCCUGAUCAACACUCAAAAGGGGCCCCGAGCGGAUGUCUGGCCCUAUACGAUUUCCAAUGCCAUUGACGCCUCUUACAUCGAGGAUCAAGAAACGCACAAGCCAUACCUGCUUUUUGGUAGUUUCUGGCAUGGUAUCUUCCAGGUCCCGCUGGCAGACGACCUCCUGUCCGUGGAAGAUGAGGAUCAUCCAGACGCGAAGAACCUGGUCUACUUGCCAAAGCGCAAGCGCAAACCCGACGAGGGUUCUUUCAUGAGCUACCAUGAGCCAUACUAUUAUCUCUGGUUCAGCCACGGCAAAUGCUGUCACUUCGACGGUGAUCUCCCCAAAGCGGGACAGGAAUACAGCAUCCGCGUCGGUCGAUCGCGGAACGUGCGAGGGCCGUUUGUGGAUAAGGACGGCGUCAAACUGACCGAAGGGGGCGGUUCUAUCAUUUACGGAUCCAACAAUGGAGUUACAUAUGCCCCUGGUGGUCUUGGUGUCUUGCCAGGCAACUCGUCCGUUCCGUCGGAUAUCUUGUACUAUCACUACCUCAACGCAUCUAUCAGUCUAGAUGAAGCCUAUCUCGGAUAUAGCUACCUCAGCUAUGAAGACGGGUGGCCUUCAACUACGAGUAACACAUCCCCUCGACCGAGCCUCUCCUAUCACCUCCUAGCUAUUUUUUUUACGGGGACGCUGCUUUGGCUAUGCAGCUGA